AUGCGGCGGAAUCACCUUGCCUUGUUCCUUGCGAUUCCCAGCGCGAUGGCGCUUUCUCUCUCAAACUUUCAAGAAAUCACAUCAACCGCCAUACCCUUAUCGUGCCUCUUAACGUACGACACACAAAUAAGCGACUGCAAGAAGAAGGAUUUCAACAAGGGGUGCUCAGAUGACUGCGUUCAGAACUUGUUGGACAUACAAUCAGAUGUGCAGGAUGUUUGCUCAACUAUUUUGGUGAACCCAAGUACACUACUGGGCAUUGUGAAGAGCGGAGGGAUCGUGGCUGCGCUUUGCCCAACAUUGGGCUCGACGACAACCUCUACAAGCAGCACAUCUGCAACUCCGCAAAUCAUUGUGACAAUACCAACAUCGAGUCCCGGCGUUCAAGUACCGAAAACAAGCUCCAUUGUCAUAGUACAACCGACAGCGAGCACAACUGCUCGGUCUUCUUUAACAAUAAUCUCAUUAUCGAUUGUGAGCUCGAUGGCAUCCUCGACCAGUCCAGCCGUCUUCACGACGUCGACAACAUCAACGGCCGAGGCACCUCAGACGACUGCGACAACAGCCUCCAGUACAACAACUCCGGAGGCUGUACCCGUUUCUACGACCACCUCCAACAAAGCGGCUGCAGCUGCGAGCUCUAGUUCGAGAUCGAAGGCCACACCAAAACCCGAUCCUGGCUCGGGAGGAGGAAGCCCUUUUGACAUAGCGAGCGGUGGGAACAUGAUUGGAUAUAACCCAGUGUUCAGUGUUGGUUUAGUGCUAGCCUGGGCAGGAUAUUUCCUCGGACGGUAG